AUGGUGAACAAAAUGUAUAAAAUUAGUUCUGCGAAAGAAGAAAAAGUUGGGAGCAAACACAAUCAGAUUCUUAUGUCCAUUGUCGUAUGUAUGCCAAUCCUGGCGUACGGGACGGCUAUGGGGUGGAUAUCCCCCAACAAGGCUCUGCUGAUGGGGGACUACUCUCCCUCCAGCUCACCUCUCUCUGAAGAGGAUGUUUCCUGGAUGGCAUCCAUUAUGUUCAUCUUUGCACCAAUCGCUGUGUUCGUGUAUGGCGUCGCUGCUGACAAGUUUGGCAGGAAAAAUGCUUUGCUUUGUGCUUCUAUACCUAUUUCUAUCGGCUGGGCAGUGAAAUUGAUGUGUGCGCAUCCAAUCGCAUUGAUUGGUGCCCGCGCACUCAUUGGCUUCGGUUCCGGAGGAGGGUUCGUGGUGUGUCCUCUAUAUGUCAAGGAGAUCAGUGAGGACAGUAUAAGAGGAAUGACGGGGACCUUCGUUAUAUUCUCACAGACUGCUGGUAACCUUCUGGUGUUCAUCCUAGGAGACCUGCUACCUUUCAACACAGUGCUCUGGAUCCUGCUGGCUAUACCUCUCAUUCAUUUCUGCAUACUGCUGCGGUUGCCGGAGACACCAUCGUACUUGGUCAAAUGCGGGAGAAAUGAGGAAACAGCGAAAGUAUUGGCGUGGCUUCGAUCUCUGCCUGUGGACGACAAGUCCAUCUCGGAAGAAGUUGAUAGACUCAUCAUUGAACAGACUACCAGUGAAUUAAAGUUCUCACCUAAACUAUUGUUUUCCGAUAAAACCGCAGUGAAGGCGUUCUGGGUUGCUUUAAUAGUGAACCUCACUCGAGAGUUUUGUGGCUGCAUAGCUGUCUUGGUCUACGCUAGCCACAUCUUCGCUGAAGCUGGCAAAGACCCAAGCACAAGCAUAGCGUUAUCACCAAACAAGCAAUCAAUUCUGCUUGCUGUUGUCCAAAUCAUUGGGUCGUUUUUGGCCUGUCAGCUUGUUGACAGAGCUGGACGAAAGCCUCUCCUAGCAGUAACAAGCGCAGUAGCUGGGUUCAGCAUGUGUCUACUAGGAGUCUGGUUCUACCUUCAAAGCAUAGAGGUGGCUUUGCCCGGCUGGGUGCCAAUCGUCGCGCUAUGUGUGUGCAUAUUCUCCGAUGCCUCCGGUCUACAACCCCUACCGUUUGUCAUCAUGACUGAGAUGUUUAACUUCCAGCUCCGAGGCACAGUAGCAACCCUCAUCAUGGCAAUAUCCUUAGGCACUGACUUCGCUCUACUCAAACUCUUCGCUCCAUUAAACGUCUGGAUUGGAUACCAUUCAACAUUCUGGAUGUUCAGCUUCAUCUGCCUUUCAAACGUAUUUUACCUCAUCUUCUGCGUUCCAGAAACGAAAAUGAGGAGUUUAGAAGACAUUUACGCUGAUCUAGAGGGAAGAAAGCGAAGAAAGAAAGAAGAUUGUGUAGUUGAAACGAAUCACGUGUGA